CUGGCGGCCGCCGCCGGCGCCAUGUCGUUCCGCCGCGCCCUGGCGCUGGCCGCCUGCGGGCUCGCCGGCGGCUCCGUGCUCUUCUCCGCCGUGGCCGUGGGCAAGCAGCCGGCCCGCAGCGGCGGCGGCGACGCCGAGCCGCGGCCGGCGAGCGCCGCCGCCGCCGUGCCCGCCGCCGCGGCGCCGCCGGGCUUGCUGCUGCUGCCGCCGCCCGGCGCCGCCUCCUGCCCGCCGGCCCCCGGCUGGAUCGAGAGGCCCGCGGGCGCCGGCGGCUUCUGGGACAGCAACUGGGACAGACGUGAACCACUGGCUCUUAUCAACCUCAAAAAGAAAAAUGAAGAAACUGGGGAAGAAGAACUUGCCUCACGUUUAGAUCACUGCAAAGCAAAAGCCACCAGGCACAUUUUCCUUAUCCGCCAUUCGCAGUAUAAUUUGGACGGCCGGGCUGAUAAAGAUAGAACUCUGACUCCACUUGGUCGAGAACAGGCUGAACUGACUGGGCACAGACUGGCAAGCUUGGGGUUGAAAUUUGAUCAGAUUAUCCACUCCUCCAUGACUAGAGCAACUGAAACAACUGAGAUUAUCAGCAAAUAUCUUCCUGGAGUCAAAAAAAUUAGCACUGAUCUGCUGAGAGAGGGAGCACCUAUAGAACCAGAUCCACCAGUCUCUCACUGGAAACCAGAAGCUGUGCAGUAUUACGAAGAUGGAGCUCGCAUUGAGGCUGCUUUUCGAAACUUCAUUCAUAGAGCUGAUGCAAAGCAGGAGGAAGACAGCUAUGAGAUCUUUGUCUGCCAUGCCAACGUGAUCCGUUAUAUUGUCUGCAGAGCAUUGCAGUUCCCCCCAGAAGGAUGGCUGCGAAUGUCUUUGAACAAUGGUAGUAUAACCCAUUUGGUGAUACGGCCUAACGGAAGAGUGGCACUUCGAACACUGGGUGACACAGGAUUCAUGCCUCCAGAUAAAAUCACACGCACCUGAAUGAGUGAAAUGAUGGCCAUCCAGGAGCUGCCUCUAGUCUCUUUGCACUAGUACAUUCAGCUACAGUACCACUAGAUUAUCUGCUCUGUUGGGAUGUGAUGCUGUUUUUAAAAUGUCCUUUAGCCCCUCACCUCCUUCAUACAUAUUCAUAUUUGCCUUUCAGGCCAGAAAAGAAGAAAUUUUGUGUAAGCCUGAAACUGUCCAGUCCUCAAGUAUUCCCCAAAAACUCUUAAGUUGAACUGUGGAAUACAGAACGAUUGAAUGUCUGUGUGCUCAGCAGCUAUGAGGAGAGCACUACUUCCCCUGCCCCCCUUCCUCUUUUCUGUGAAUUUCUAUAACCAAAGCUUGCUCCUGUGGAUUUUUUUUUUCUUGUGCAGGAAAGCAAUUGGUAUGGGAGCUGGAAAGGACAGCCCAUAUCACACUGCAGCUAGAACUGAAGAUGAGCGAGCUUAUUUCAGCUCUUGCAGAAGAAGUAACUGAGGGAAUUCUGCUCUUUAAAGGACAAAGGGUUAAGGUUUUGUUUUUCUAAGCUAUUGAGGAUGUAUAUAUCUCUAUGUUGUGUCCUUGUUCCCCUCUGCCAUCCCUUCCCCCUCCCCCCCCCCCCGAGUUCAUGUAAACUAUGCUUGGAGAUGACAGACAUCAUAAAGAGAAGAAGGUUUAAAAAAAACCAUUUGCCUCAAAGCUGUGGUGCUAGAAUUACCUGCUGGUCAUAUUAAGUGUUCCUCCAUCCUUGAUAAGCCUUAAAGCUAUUCUGAGCGAUGUUCUUCAAUCUCAUAAAGCCUUUAACAAAACUUGGUCUGUACGAGGGUGUAGGGAUGAGUUCUGCAGCAGUAAAGAUGGAAGAAAGGGAAAAGCGGUAAUCUUUCACUAUUUCUUCUGGUUAUGACUCUUAGGUAUACAAGGAGGAGAGAGAGAGAGAGAGAGACAGACCCUUUUCUGCUUUCUCCCACUGAUUCAUGUUUGUUAAUAGUUUGCUUUCAAAGUGGAGAAGUAACAGCAUUGGAAUUCAAGAUAAAUGAUAAUAAGAUCAGAGAUUCUGCAAUAUUGGAACAAACUGCUGUUUAAAAUUACUGUUGAUUGAAUGGUGAAAGAAUAGUUAUAUGACUUCUAUGCAAAGCGAUUAGUAUAAACAUGAAGCAGAAUACCUUUAAGUAAGUAAGUUGCUCCUUCAUAUGGCUUUGACACUGCAGAACAUGUUCCAGCUAAAAUCCAGGUGCCUGAGAGCUAGGGUUUAUUUUUGAGAGGGCUCGGAAGGACAUUUGCUAGACACCUGAACCUUUUGUAAUACUUACUUUAGCUCAGUUAAUGCCUGGAAUGUUGAAAGUUUCACCGUAUACGUAGGCAGAUUAGUGAUAUUCCACAUACUGAAGCACAGCAGAAAUAAAUAAGGAAUUACAACUCUGACUGAUUCUCUAUCACUGGGAAUCGUGAAGAAAGCCUACAUUUCAGAGCUGUAUGAAGCAUAAUCAUGGCAUGCAACCUAGCACCACAAGGUUUAAUGGAUUUUUUUUCAUACAGGACUGCUAUUAUCGGGAUGAUGUCAAGGAAACCGGGGCAGUAGGAAAUGAAUAUGAAAGCUGUAGUAGUGCUAGUUGUUUGGGGGCAGGAGGAAAACAUUGUCAAGUAUCUCAUCAAUGCAAUGAGAAUAACUUAACAGUUUUGUCUAUUAACUUUUUAAAAGUUUUGAAUAAAAUGACUGGUCUUUC